CUUCAGUGGGCCAAAUAACCACACAGCAGUUUGCUUACCAGUGAUUCCAAUCCCAACGGACUGUGUGUACACCUUCUAUGGGUCAAAAGGCUUGGAUAGAGAAGACCUUUUCAAAAAGAGAAUGCAUCUACAUAAUUGCCAACAACAAAGAUGUUAACAGGUGCUGCUGUGGCCAGCUUAUUAGUCAACAUAUUCCAAUUCUUCCAAGUACAGCAGCUAACAAAAAUGGAGAGGAAACAAAGCAAUUGGAACCUCAGCCAGAAAAAUGGUCCAUCAGUAAACACACCCAAACAUGUCCAACAGAUGCCUAUGGAAAUCUUGAGUUCCAGGGAGGUGGACAUUCAAAUAAGGCCAUGUAUAUACGUGUAUCGUAUGACACCCAACCAGAUUCUCUGCUUCAUCUCAUGGUGAAAGACUGGCAACUGGAGCUUCCCAAGCUUUUAAUCUCUGUCCAUGGGGGCCUUCAGAAUUUUGAAUUGCAACCUAAAUUGAAACAAGUAUUUGGGAAAGGCCUGAUCAAGGCUGCCAUGACAACAGGAGCCUGGAUUUUCACUGGAGGAGUUAGUACUGGAGUAAUUCGCCAUGUGGGAGAUGCCUUGAAAGAUCAUUCUUCCAAGUCCAGAGGACGAAUCUGUGCCAUAGGAAUUGCACCGUGGGGCAUUGUGGAAAAUAAGGAGGAUCUGAUUGGGAAAGAUGUGUCAAGAGUUUACCAAACAAUGUCAAACCCUCUAAGUAAGCUCUGUGUGCUCAACAGUUCUCAUACACACUUCAUCUUAGCGGACAACGGCACACUUGGUAAAUAUGGAGCUGAAGUUAAGUUGCGACGUCAACUGGAAAAACACAUCUCCCUUCAGAAAAUUAACACACGUCUGGGACAAGGUGUGCCCGUGGUUGGGCUCAUAGUUGAAGGGGGUCCCAAUGUGAUCUCUAUUGUCCUGGAAUGCCUGCGAGAAGAGCCCCCUCUGCCCGUUGUGAUCUGUGAUGGCAGUGGACGAGCAUCUGACAUUCUGUCUUUUGCACAUAAAUAUUCUGAAGAAGGGGGGAUAAUAAGUGAAUCCCUCAGGGACCAGCUUCUAGUUACCAUUCAAAAAACCUUCAACUAUAACCGGAACCAAGCCCAUCAGCUGUUUGUCAUUCUCAUGGAAUGUAUGAAAAAGAAGGAACUUAUAACCGUGUUCCGUAUGGGUUCUGAAGGACAACAGGACAUUGAGAUGUCUAUUUUAACUGCUCUACUUAAAGGUACCAAUGCAUCUGCACCAGAUCAGCUGAGCUUGGCAUUGGCCUGGAACCGUGUGGACAUUGCACGUAGCCAAAUCUUUGUCUUUGGACAUCACUGGCCGCCUUUAGGAAGCCUUACAGUGACUGAUGGCACAGCACCUGAGAAGGAAAAGAAAUCUCCAGCAGCUCAAACUAAAGCAGGCAGAGGGAAAGGAAAAGGGAAAAAAAAGGGAGGGAAAAUGAAAGAAGAGCCAGAAGAAGAAACAGAUCCACGGAAGCUUGAACUACUAAACUGGGUGAAUUCCCUGGAGCAGGCUAUGCUGGAUGCCCUGGUACUGGAUCGAGUUGAUUUUGUGAAACUCUUGAUUGAAAAUGGAGUGAACAUGCAACGCUUCCUCACAAUUCCUCGACUAGAAGAGCUUUAUAAUACUAGAUUGGGUCCACCAAAUACACUGCAUUUGCUAGUCAGGGAUGUGAAAAAGGGAAAUCUUCCACCCGAUUAUCAUAUCAGCCUGAUAGAUAUUGGUCUUGUACUUGAAUACCUCAUGGGUGGAGCUUAUCGUUGCAACUAUACUCGAAAAAGUUUUCGGACCCUUUACAAUAAUUUAUUUGGACCAAAGAGGCCAAAAGCUCUUAAACUUUUAGGAAUGGAGGAUGAUGAGCCUCCAACCAAAGGGAAGAAGAAGAAGAAGAAAAAGAAAAAGGAGGAAGAGAUAGAUAUUGAUGUGGAUGACCCAGAAGUCAGCUGUUUUCAGUACCCAUUUCAUGAACUCAUGGUAUGGGCAGUGCUGAUGAAACGGCAGAAGAUGGCACUCUUUCUUUGGCAGCGAGGGGAGGAGACCAUGGCCAAAGCACUUGUGGCAUGUAAACUGUACAAAUCGAUGGCCCAUGAGUCUUCAGAGAGUGAACUGGUGGACGACAUCUCUCAGGAUUUGGACAACAACUCAAAAGAUUUUGGCCAACUGGCUGUUGAGUUGUUAGAUCAAUCCUAUAAACAUGAUGAACAGGUUGCCAUGAAAUUACUGACCUAUGAACUGAAAAAUUGGAGUAAUUCCACCUGCCUAAAACUUGCUGUGGCAGCUAAACACAGGGACUUCAUAGCUCACACCUGCAGCCAGAUGUUAUUAACAGACAUGUGGAUGGGGCGGCUACGCAUGCGGAAAAACCCAGGCCUUAAGGUUAUAAUGGGGAUUCUCUUCCCACCCACCAUCCUAUUCCUAGAGUUUCGCAGUUCUGAUGAUUUUUCCUAUCAGACAUCAAGAGAAAAUGAAGAUGGCAAAGAAAAAGAGGAGGAAAAUGUGGAUGCAAACGCUGAUACAGGCUCCCGAAAAGAUGAAGAGAAUGGAAACAAAAAGCAGCGGAGCCUUCCUAUUGGAAAAAAGAUCUAUGAAUUUUAUAAUGCACCUAUUGUAAAGUUCUGGUUUUACACGAUAUCAUACCUGGGUUACCUAAUGCUGUUCAAUUAUAUAAUCUUGGUUCGGAUGGACCGCUGGCCCUCGCUCCAGGAAUGGAUUGUCAUCUCCUAUAUUGUGACUCUGGCUUUAGAGAAAGUAAGAGAGAUUCUGAUGUCGGAGCCAGGCAAGCUGAGCCAGAAAAUAAAAGUCUGGCUGCAGGAAUACUGGAAUAUCACUGAUAUGGUGGCUAUUUCAGUAUUUAUAAUUGGAGCAAUUCUUCGCCUACAGAACCAGCCUUACAUGGGUUAUGGAAGAGUAAUCUACUGUGUGGAUAUCAUUUUCUGGUACAUUCGAGUACUGGAUAUCUUUGGUGUGAACAAGUAUUUGGGACCCUAUGUCAUGAUGAUUGGAAAAAUGAUGAUUGACAUGCUGUACUUUGUGGUCAUCAUGCUUGUGGUUCUGAUGAGUUUUGGAGUAGCCCGCCAAGCUAUCCUGCACCCAGAUGAGGAGCCCUCUUGGAGACUAGCCCGCAACAUCUUCUAUAUGCCCUACUGGAUGAUCUAUGGAGAGGUGUUUGCAGACCAGAUAGACCGUAAGAGUAGAAUUCAUACUCCUUGUGGGGAUAAUCUUUAUGAUGAGGAUGGUAAACGUCUCCCUCCAUGCAUACCUGGGGCCUGGCUCACUCCUGCUAUCAUGGCUUGUUACCUUCUGGUAGCAAACAUUCUACUGGUAAAUCUGCUGAUUGCUGUCUUCAACAAUACCUUCUUUGAAGUGAAGUCCAUAUCCAACCAAGUUUGGAAAUUCCAGCGAUAUCAGCUGAUCAUGACAUUCCAUGACAGACCUGUCCUACCUCCACCUAUGAUCAUCUUCAGCCACCUCUACAUAAUCAUCAUCCGCCUUUGCUGUCGCUGUAGGAAGAAACAAGAAGGGGACCAGGAUGAGCGCGACCGGGGACUGAAAUUGUUUCUGAAUGAUGAAGAGCUGAAGAAAUUGUAUGAAUUUGAAGAGCAAUGUGUUGAGGAAUAUUUUCAGGAAAAAGAGGAUGAACAACAAUCAUCUAAUGACGAACGUAUCAGAGUCACAUCUGAAAGAGUGGAAAACAUGUCUAUGAGGUUAGAAGAAGUGAAUGAAAGAGAACAUUUUAUGAAAGCUUCUCUUCAGACAGUUGACCUUCGACUUUCUCAACUAGAGGAGCUAUCUGGUCGGAUGGUGAAUGCCCUCGAAAAGCUGGUAGGUAUUGACAAAUCCGAGCUGACGCAUACACGCUCAGGGGCUUCUUCUGAAUGUGAUGCCGCUUACCUCCUGAGGCAAAGCAGUGUCAACAGCUCUGAUGGCUACAGCAUGUACAGAUACCAUGUCAGCGGUGAUGAGUUAACAUUUGAUGAUAGCACCACCCCAAUGUCACCAGCCAUGGCAUUGCACAAAAAAGCCUAUUAUUUUGGUACGAAAGAAGAGAGAGAUUGUGCAGACUCAAAGAUGCAGCUGGUUCCAGAAUGUCAGGGUAGUCUUCGCUAUAUCUCCAGUGCUAAUACAGUUGCCACUACAGAUUACAAUAAAUCUACAUUAGAAAUUGCACAGAAUGUCACUAGACCCCGAUCUGAUUCAGACAUUUGUGUUUCAUCUGAUGACAAGCAAGGGAUUUCCAAGAGUGAUGAAACAAUUCCCCAAAGCAUAAAGCAAACAGAUAUUGUUAUGAAUGGACAGUCAGUCACAAGACCAGAUUUUCAGAACACUCAUUUAACAGUAGAAAGGACCAAGUUAGAAGCUACUAUCUCUUAUCCCUUAGACAAGUCUAAGGCAAUGCGCUAUUACCCUGCUGAAGCUUUCAAUGCUUGUCAAACAACCAUGCUAAAGUCAAGGAGCUUUAUAUUUGCACAUGGAGGGAAACUGGCUGGAGGGGUCAACAACUGGACCGCAGAAUACAACACCAUAAUGGAUCAAGUGUGCCCUUCCACAGUUGAACGGUGGACUAGUGAGUGGAAAUACCAGGUUGAACAGAAACUUUCUAAUGAACCUAGUCCAGAAUAUCCUGGUGAGUCUGAAGCAGAAAGGCAAGCAGAGCAGAAACAGUUACUGACAGAUACAGAAGAUGACAGCGAUGUUGGCGAAGCAGGUGUCAGUGCCUCUCAUACUUAUACACCCGUCACCGACAGGACUGAGACAGAAAACUUACUGUCAGUGAAGCCAGACAGGACUGAUAGAUUCCCAUCUGUACGAUCAAAGAGUUUACACAGCCAUUCUCGGAAAGCCAAGUCCAUUAAGGACAAAUUAAAUAGACCAGGACACGCCAGCAGUGUAACUAAUCUAGUGGUGGCCUGUGGCAGUGCAACAGAAGAAAAAAAAGCUAAGCAGGAAAACACUUCCACAGAAACUGAGUGCUAAAAUGGUUCACGUGGCAGUGAUGGUCAAGAAUUUGUUUGGAUUAGUUUAACAAAUAUACCACACUGAACAGAAAUGUUUGAAAAUGUAAUUCCUAAAAAAUCUUGCCUAUACUGAUUUUCUGUAGUUUUAAUUCUGUAGAAAUGUUAAUGCCCUGUUCUCAAACAAAUGCUUUGUGAUUUGGGUGAAAGGAAGACAUGGCUUUAGGGGUGGAUGUAAGUCUAGGCAUGAUAAGAAAAAGCUAAGUGGUCCAGACCUUUCUGGGGUCCGUCGGCCUUCCACAUUUAUUUAUUGAUUGAGUCUUUAUUAGAGCUGGUUGAAAACUGGAAAAUAUUUGCAUAAAUAAUUGAGAAAAUUCUCUCCCUUUUUUCAUUGGAAAGCUGCUAAAUUCAAACUUUUUGGACUAGCUUUAUCUUCACAUGUGCACCUGAUUUCCUUAUGGAUGUAGUCUUUUUUUCCUUUAAAGUACUGAAUGCAAAGGAAAGUUUUGCAAUCUCCUUGAUUUCACGGAUACCUCUUAGUUAAAUUACCAAGGAAUGCACAUCAGAAGUGACUUUCAGUCAAUAAAAUAGACAUAAACUGAGUUAAAACAAUACAAAAAAAUGCAGGUUGCUCCAAGAACAGCAGGACUUGGAAGCCAUCAGUUUGGUCUAUUACCAGAAUAUUUCACUUGUCUUUGAACAUGGAUAAUGGCAUCUUGUUUUCUGUUACUUUGAGAAGGAGUAUCCUCUUUAGCAAGCAUGCAUGCAUACACACACACAUACACACACUCUAAACUAAUUGCCUUAAGCUGGGCAUCAUACUGGAAAUAACUGCUUUCUGGAGGCUCUGUUUUGGGAACUACAUAUAUUUUUAACUGGCAGUGUUCAUUAUUUCAAAACACUUAGUGGGGGUUGAAGUGGGAAAAUGAGAGUCCAAGACCUGCAUCAGUGGCUUGCAUCACCAGAGGUUACAGUGGAGCCUCAUAGUAAAUGGAAUUUGCUUAAUUUAAAUAAAUAAGUACAACUGUAAAAUGAGUGACAAGUACUGAUGAAGUACAUACACACCUUUAUUCCAGACAAAUCUAAUGCAACAAACCUUUCUUCCUUCAGGAAUUUCAUUUUAAUGACAACUGGGGAGCACAAGUGGCAGGCACUAAAACACCUGAAACUUGUUUUUAGGUGCUUCAAAACCAUGAUAAAUUU